AUGCUGCCCUGGAAGCGGAGCAAGGUGGAGCUGGUGGCGGGCGAGGCGCGGCGGCAGAGCAAGCCCAAGGGGUACGCGGUGAGCGUGCACUACUCGGCGCUCACCUCGCUGGCCCGCGCCUGCCCCGAGAGCGCCCUGCACCGCGUGGGCAGCAUGUUCCGCUCCAAGCGGCGGAAAUUCCGCGUGACCAGCGAGGACCCCACGUACACCGUGCUCUACCUGGGCAACGCCACCACCAUCCAGUCCAAGGGCGAGGGCUGCACCGACCUGGCCGUCUGCAAGAUCUGGAGCAAGAGCGAGGCGGGCCGGCAGGGCACCAAGAUGAAGCUGACCAUCAGCGCGCAGGGCAUCCGCAUGGCCCACGCCGAGGACAAGGGGCUGCGCCGGCCCGGCCACCUCUACCUGCUGCACCGGGUCACCUACUGCGUGGCCGACCCGCGUCUGCCGCGCGUCUUCGCCUGGAUCUACCGCCACGAGCUGAAGCACAAGGCGGUGAUGCUGCGCUGCCACGCCGUGCUGGUCUCCAAGCCCGAGAAGGCGAAGGCCAUGGCCCUGCUGCUCUACCAGACCUCGGCCACGGCGCUGGCCGAGUUCCGCCGGCUGAAGAAGCGGGACGACGCGCGGCACCAGCAGCAGCAGCUGGUGGGCGAGCAGAGCAUCCCGCUGGUGCCGCUGCGCAAGCUGCUCAACGGGCAGUGCUGCUACAAGCCGCCGGUGGAGCGGAGCCGCAGCGCGCCCAAGCUGGGCUCCAUCACGGAGGACCUGUUGGGCGAGGAGCAGGAGGAGCGGGCCAUGCACUGCGACUGCGAGGACAUCCUGGAGGCGCUGGGCGAGCCCGAGGGCGAGCUGCUGCGCGCCGGCGCCGGCCGCGGCGAGGGCCCGGAGCUGGGCCAGCUCCUCCGCGACCUGGGCGAGCUCAGCCUGGGCAACGACCUGCGCUCGCUGCGCGCCGACCUCCGCGUCCGCCGGCUGCUCUCCGGCGAGAGCACGGGCAGCGAGUCCUCCCUGGAGAGCAACGGCCCGGACGGCGCCGCCCCGCCCUGCAACGGCGCCGAGCAGCCGCCCCCCGGCGACCCCGAGACCGGCUGA